AACACUCUGAUAUACAAACACAUGAUGGCACCCCGCGGCUUCACAAACCCAGCUCCAAAGACAGACUCAGCCCGCUCAGCCCUAAACUCAUUCACCUGCACUCUCUGCAACAAAUCCUACUCCCGCCACCCGGAAUACGAAGCCCACAUCGGCUCCUACGACCAUCAACACCGCAAACGUCUCCAGGACCUGAAACAACUCUCUCGCGAUCCCAAUGCGGCCGAAAGAGCGCGGAGGGCGGAACGGAAAGCUGACGCAGAGGCUGGGUUGUUGAGGGUUGAUAAUAACGAUAUUUCUUCUUCGGUGGCGGCGACGACGACGACGACGACAGCUGCAGGGGGUAGUGGUGGUGGUGGGUUUAAGAAAGGUGGAUUCAAGAGCUCAUUUACGACUGUCAAGGGACCUGCGACAUCUGCGGCGAGUACGACUGCACCGGUACGGAAGAAUGUUCUUGGUGGUGAUGACGAUGAUGAUGUCGAUAUGAAUGGAACGAAUAUGCCCAGACCAUCUUCAACGGCCACAACGGAUUCGAAAAGACUUGAUGCCGGCGUCGAGAGUGAUACAGACGAGGAAUAUCAAACCGGUGAUGCAGAAACUGCUUAUUAUGAUCCCUUGAAACCAACUGGGUGUUUUGAUGGAUGUACUGGGCUGAAAACUGUUUCUGUAUAAUUAUGACCUUUCUGCUACGUCCAUUUCUUGUACAUAUCGAAAACUUCUCAUAUCGAU